GAGAGCGAGCAAGCUUGAUAGAGCGAGCGAGCGCGAUAGAGAGCGAGGGAAAGAGAGAGGGCGACACAGAGAGAGCGAGAGCGAGGGAGAGCGAGGGAGAGCGCAGAUACACAUCCUUCGCAAGUCUCCAUCGUUCGGGCAGAAAUAAAAAGGGCUCCUUUCAGGAGGGCACGAGUGGGUCCGGGAAAUACUGUAACAUUUCGGCACCGGAAGACGACCAGCUGACUGAGUACCGAAAUAAAAAAAAAAAUAAAACAUAAAUAAAAAAAGAGAAGGAAGACGCUGGGAGGAGAGGGAGGAGAGAAGAACCCGGGGAUGCGUUCGCAGCCAUUCUUCCUCUGCUCACGGCAUUCCUGAACAUGAACAGCUCCCUCCUCUUACUCCUGGGGUGUCAAGACAUGAAAAUGGCUCCCCACAGCUGAGGACGAACACAACCACAGUGAAGAAUCUCACAAGACAGUGGAUUGCAAAAGAGGGGUCACCUUAGGAUUUCAAGAUUACCUUAGAGCCUACCGCACAUUUAAACAGAACUAAAUCUCAGAAAAGGCAUGGUAACCUUAAAAUGAGAACAACAUAAAACAAUAGAGAAAAAACAACAGUAACGCUGCAUUCAGGUUCAACAGGAUGCCAGACUCACUGUAAAAUUAAAACCGGAAACCAGUUGCACUCUUAACAAGGAAAUUGUAAGCAUCGCUCUUCUCGUUCGCAGCGAACCACCGAACGCAUCGCUCAACUAUGAACUAAAAGGACCACACCAUCUGGGAGAACGACAGCAUCUGUGCCACAGAUCCCAGGAGCUCUAGACAGGCGCCGUACAGCCGCCACUGCGCUAGUCAUUUCACCCCCUAUUAGCCAGCACUCUGGGAUCCACUUGUGCUCUCAGCUGGUGAGCCAGGGACACGUCCGCCUCUUUCCGCUGCCGCCGCAGCCAAAGCCUUCAUCAGCCCUCAUUAAAAACUGAAACUGAUGGAAAAAGGAAAAACAUCGACUUAAUCGUACGAGGAGUGGAUGGAAUAAGUACAGUGUGUACGAUAUCCCCCCCCCUCCCCUCCCCUCCCCGUACCCCGUCCAGUGAACUGCCUUGUUCAAAAUGAGAAAGGACACCAUGUUCUGGGUGCAAGCCCAUCUCUUCCUGGGCGUGGCCGGCGCCUUGGUCAUUCACUCCAUGCCGUGGAAGGUGGCGUGCCCCGACCAGUGCGUCUGCCAGAUCAAGCCGUGGUACUCGCCACAGUCCGUGUACCGGGAGGCCCCGACGGUGGACUGCAACGACCUCCUCCUGACCCAGCUUCCUUCCCAGCUCCCCCCGGAGACGCACACCCUGCGGCUGCAGAGCAACCUCAUCAGCGCGCUGGACCAGAGCGAGCUGCCGGGCCUGGUCAACCUGACCGAGCUCGACCUCUCCCAGAACAGCUUCAGCAACAGCCGCCACCUGAGGAUCGCCAGCAUGCCCGUCCUCCUGAGCUUGCACAUGGAGGAGAACCAGCUGCGUCACCUGCCCGACGCCGCCUUCUCCGGCCUGCCGGGCCUGCAGGAGCUGUACCUCAACCACAACCGGCUCAGGAACAUCUCCCCGGGGGCCUUCAAGGGCCUGGAGAACUUGCUGAGGCUCCACCUCAACUCCAACCGGCUGGCGGCGAUCGACCGCCGCUGGUUCCACGCGCUGCCGCGGCUGGAGGUCCUCAUGAUCGGGGGAAACCCGGUGGACGCAAUCCAGGACCUCAACUUCAAACCCCUGGGCUCCCUCCGCAGCCUGGUUCUGGCAGGGAUGGGUCUGCGCGAGCUCUCCGAGAGGUCCCUGGAGGGACUUUAUAGCUUAGAGAGCAUUUCCUUCUACGACAACCACCUGACCAAAGUCCCGAAGGAGGCCCUGCAGCAGCUACCCGGUUUGAAGUUUCUCGACCUGAACAAGAACCCCAUUCAACUGGUCCGGCAGGGGGACUUCAGGAACAUGCUGCACCUAAAGGAACUGGGGCUCAACAACAUGGACGAGCUGGUCUCGAUAGAGCAUUCUGCCAUGGAGAACCUGCCGGAGCUCACCAAGCUGGAGAUCACCAACAACCCCAGGCUGUCCUACAUCCACCCCCAGGCCUUCCGGCGUCUGUCCAGCAUGGAGAGUCUGAUGCUGAACAGCAACGCCCUCAGCGCCCUCCACAGGGAGACCGUCAGCUCCCUGCCCAGCCUGCAGGAGAUCAGCCUGCACACCAACCCCAUCCGCUGCGACUGCCUGAUACGCUGGGUGGGGGCGGAGGCCGACAAGCCCGUCCGCUUCAUCGAGCCCCAGUCCACGUUCUGCUCCGAGCCCCCGGAGCUCAAAGCCAGGAGGGUGAAAGAGGUCUCCUUCCGAGAGAUGGCGGACAGCUGCUUGCCCCUGAUCGCCCCGGGGACGUUCCCUCCGUACGUACAGGCCAGGCAGGGAGAAAACCUGGUCCUCCACUGCCGAGCCCUCGCCGACCCCGAGCCGAGCAUCUACUGGGUCACCCCCAAGGGCCUCAGACUCUCCACCUCCUCCAGCUACGGUCCGUAUCAGGUGCUUAUGGAGGGCACCUUGGAGAUCGCUGGGAUCACUGCAGACGAGGCGGGUUUCUACACGUGCGUGGCUCAGAACCUCGUGGGUGCCGACACGCAGAGUGUGACGGUUCGGGUGGACGGCGUGGACGGAGCCCGACCCUCGAGCACCUGGCGGGGCAAGGACAACCUGGAGGUGAAGGACGUCCGGGAGCGCUACGCCCUCCUAGCCUGGCCCGUCAACUACAACGUGCCCUCCGCCCGGCUCUCCUGGCUGACCAACGAGAGCCUGGCGGACCGCCACAGGCACAGCGCCCGCAUCCUGGCGGGCACCCAGGGCUUCAACCUCACCCGCCUCCAGCCCGGGACCCGCUACAGGGUGUGCCUGCACCUGGGGCCCAACGACACCUCCUGCGUCCACCUCAGGACGAAGGCGGUCCCGGCGAGCGCGGCCACCCCGGACCUGACCCCCGCGCUCCUCCUGGCGGCGUCGGCCCUCGUCUUCCUCCUGACCGCCAAAGCCUGCCAGGGCGGGGCCUCCCCGGGCUGGAGGAGGCCGGGACAGGAUCCGCUGAAGGCCCAGGCCUGUCUCCUGCCUUCCGAGGUGAAGGGCCACGUGGCGGCGCAGUGCCCCCAGCAGAAGCAGCGGCAGGCCCAGGUGCAGCCGACGCAGACGCAAAAGCAGCAGCAGCAGCAGCAGCAGGCGCACUGGCUUAAAACGAAGGAAGCCUCCAACUCCACCGGCACAGAAAACAGCGACGCUCAGCAUCCACAAAAUGUUCAGGGGCCGCCAGCGGAGUCCUGCUAGAGCCCGGGGCGGCACUGCCGAGGAACAACCCGAAACAUAAUGGGAACCUCUGUCGCUGUCCGCAUAGCUCGCAUCGCCAACUUCAAACCCCCAACAGACGAGUUCAGCGGUUAAAAAUCAACAAAAAAACAAAAACAAAAACAAAACAAAAAAA